AUGAAACAUUUACUCAUAUCAUUAGAGUGUAUUAGAACCACGAAAGUUAAUUGCGUGCGUUGAGUGUUCUGUGUUUUUAUCCUAGCGUAAGCCACGCUCAAGGCACGUUUCGUGUGAAUAGCCACAGCGUUAGUAAUAACUUCACGAAACAAAAAUGACGGACGAAGUCAAUCCAAAGGCUUAUCCCUUAGCAGACGCCACGUUGACUGCAAAAAUUUUAAACUUGGUUCAACAAGCUAUGAAUUACAAGCAACUACGCAAGGGAGCUAAUGAAUCUACCAAGACUCUCAACAGAGGCUUGUCAGAGUUUAUUGUGAUGGCUGCAGAUUCUGUGCCAUUAGAAAUUUUAUUGCAUAUUCCAUUGCUUUGCGAAGACAAAAAUGUCACUUAUGUCUUUGUACGCAGUAAACAAGCAUUAGGUCGUGCUUGUGGUGUAUCCAGACCUGUUGUUGCCUGCAGUAUUACAGUCAACGAAGGCUCUCAACUCAAACCCCAGAUUCAGGCUAUACAACAAGAAAUCGAACGGCUCUUUGUCUAAAUAUUAAUGUAUCUAAUUUUUGUUAUAUUCCAAAUUAUGAAAAGACAGGACUGUAAUUCUGUAGAAUUCAUAUUUUUCAUUGUAACAUUUCAAUAUAAGGUAAUUAAGAAACAGUAUGGUUAAAAAAAUUGCUAUAAAAUAUC